AGCACUCUGCGGCGCGGCUCACGUGAGGACAGAGAGGUGCGCCGGCAAUUUGCGAACGCACAUGCCGGAUCCGUUCGUGUCGGACGGGUGAGGAAGUGUGGGCGCUGGUAGACCGCUGCAGUUGAACAGCAUCACUCCCGCCGGGUCUAAGCACUGCUGACCCCGUCGUCGCCGUGCUGACCUCGUCUGCCUCGAUCUUCGACAGCUCCGACGGGCCUAAAAUAUGCCUAGCCACGCCAGCAGAGCGCGCAGCGUGUCCGGCGAAAUAGACGAGAGCUCUGACCUCUCUGGGCACGAGGAUGGUGGAUCCAACCCAUCUGGAAAGCCUGGCAGGAAGAAGAAUCCCAACUCGCAGGCCGCGCGACGCGACCAGAACCGUAUAGCGCAGCGAGAGUUCCGUCUGCGGAAGCAGCAACGCAUACGCGACCUGGAGGCUAGCGUGGAGAUGCUCUCGGGUGGCAAGGAUGAGGCGCUGGCUACAAUGAGGAAGGUUCUAAAAGACCUGAUGCAUGAGAACCACGUACUCCGGGACCUGUUGCGCAGCUUGAGUUCGUUCAUCGGGGAUGGCGCCGGUGGCUUACUUCCGAAGCUCGGGUGGGACUUGAACGACUUCAACAGUUUCCUCAACAAGUCAGAGACAGACACGGCUUGGGAGAGUUACCAGCGACACAAGCAGCAGGAGGCAGCGGAUGCAGCCGCCUCGGGUUCACAGCCGGCUGCGGGACAAAAGCGGCCGCAAGAGGACGACUCUCUCGGUGGUCCGUCGAAGCGGACGAGGGGAGCAAGCGAGCAAAAUGGCGAACGUGAACGCGCCGAUUCUUUCUCUAAUCCGAUGUUGGUGCCGCUUCAAUCCACGGGUCCCUCGGUGCCACAGAACGGCGGCGGUUUGUAUACUGCAUCCACAAGACCGCAUGAUUCUGGCCUGCUGAACGAAUUCUUGCGUACGGGUGCUUCUGGUCCUUCCAUGGUGAUGUCUGCCUCUUCGCCUACUGCUGCAUCCGGGUCGUAUGGUACUCCGUCCACCCAGACUAUGGGCGGCUCCUACCCAAAUUCGUUCAUGCAGUCUGGUUUGGGAGUACACAAUGAUGCGGGCAUACCUCCUAUGCCGAUGGUAGGCGCAUCACCGGUGUCUGUACAGCAACCGAGAGUUGGUCCUACGCCUCCGGCUGUGCCUGAAGAGGAUGAUGUAGAUUCAAAGAAGACGGAUGCAUACAAACUUGUACACUACCACUUGGACAACUACAAACGCAACAGCGCAUAUUGCUUGCCUUCCUCGUUGAGACCAACGCUGGUGCAGAGAACCGUCCCACAUGAGAGCGUGAUUGAUGCGAUCGUGCACCCCGAACUUCGCGAUCGGAUGAUUCUUUUGCGAGGCCGUUUUGACCUUGUGGACUGCCUCCACGACUAUCGCAACGAGGUGACCAUUCAUGGAGACGACGUGCUCGCGCACACGAAUUGGGAGCUCUCCGAGACAUGGCUUCAUCGAUACAAAUUCCUGGUCGACCAGGCUACGCUAGCCAUUGCCAACCGCUGGAGGCGUGAGAGGGGCGAAGGCGAGCUGCGCCUGGCUGAUUUCCAGGAUCCCCAUCCGACGGUCUAGGCAGUUGUGUGGAUAGAAAAUAUCUUGUAUGGACUUCGCUCUCGGGUACCCAGUGUAUAUACAGGUCAUAUCGGUUUGCUCUUGUAAUUGUCGCAAAGCUUUGUCAACCAUGAAGUGCUACGAUCACUGAGAGCCAAAAGCAUUCUAUGCACAAUGUGAAGCUAAGCUGGCUGGCAAGACCAGGCCUAAGUCCCUGACAC